GGCUCAUGCCUGCCUUGGGCGCUAGGCGGGCUAGGUGCUCGCGUUUGCCUCGCUCUUCUGCUUCUGCUCUCGAGAGCGGCUCAUUCUCUGUCCCCUUCGCCGCGAACCGCGAUGGCGGGGAUGGACGACGGCACCAAGGAUGCUACGGCGGGCAGCCCUCAGCGGUGGCAGCCCUCAUCACGCCGCGCGCUGGAAGCCCUGCAGCUUGGGCAGACAGCGGCGCGCCGUGCCGCGCGAAAGCGCGCCCAGCUGGCGUGCGAAGCCGCGCUGGAUCGUCGUCGUGGGCGUGGGCUGCUGCCAGGUUCCUGGCAGGAUCGCGAGGCUGCAGCUCGCCCCGCCCUCCGCAUGGCAGUUUCUGGCAAGAGAGUACCAGGAGUUGCGAGGCGGCGGAGGAACGCAGCCUGGCACGCCGCCGAGGCCCCGCGCGGCGGCUUCACCAACGCAUCGCUGGCGGAGCUCUUGGAGGCGGCCGCUGGACCUCGCCUUGGAGGCGCCUCGCGCGCCGCUGGCGUCCAGGAGCUGGAUCUGGCCAAGGUCGUCCCGGCAGGAAGCCUGGCCCCGGGCUGCUGGAGCCUCCCGCCCAGGAACACCCUGAGGCGUGACGCUCCCGAGUUCGUGCCGCUGUUCUUCAACAGUGCUGUCGGCCCACCCGCCGACGGUGUCCAGCACUCGACGUCGGAGGAGAGCAUCGUGCAGCAGCGGCACGAGUCUUCCGACCAGUCUGCCGCGAACGUGGCCGACGCCAAGCCCGAGAUUAAGACCGCUGUUCAUUUCAGGGCGAGGGCGCUGGAGACGUUCGACACGAAGCCUUUCAACGACGGCGACCACGUGGAUUUGCAGUCCGACUUCGUCGUCGCCUUUCGCUCCCUCGCCACGAGUGCCGAUCCUCGUCCUGGAGGCCGCGCGCGUGGCAAAGGAUACUGCUGAACCUGACCUGGGCGUUGCGCUUAGGCUCACUGUUUUUUUAUUCAUCGACGCCUCUCUUUCUUAGAUUACAGUCCUUUGGUGCCUUAUCCGUGAAUAUAUCAGAAUAAUAUUGCAGAUUGCGCCGCCUAGCGACUCUCUGCCUGGGGUCGGUGAGGGACAGCCUCAACCUAUAGUCAGUCCGCAGCCAGUGGAAUUGUGAUUCAGCAUUCGGUUGGCACGCUCUCGCUUGCAAUCUCGAGGCUUCGACAGAGACGGGCUGCAGCUACAGAGGCUGCAGGUAUCGGCGCUAGCCACGUCAGAAGGCGAUCGCUUCUGCCCGCGAG